UACUGGCAGGUGCAGUUUUAAGUCUCUUUGUCUCUUUCUUUUCAGCUAUUGUAGUGCUUAACCUCUCGCCAAUCUUCUCGUAUAAAUGGCUAGUAAACUACCAAAAACUCUCAAGAUUCAAACUGAGCGUAGACUCUCCAUGGAAAGUGCCUGCUCUUUGUGUUGUCACGAAACUAAAGAGUGGGUCAUCUCUCCCUGCGAUCAUCACAUUUGUCUCACUUGUGCCGCUCGACUGAGGGUCCUCUGUGAUACCAAAGAGUGCCCAGUUUGUAGAGAGAACAACGAGAAAGUAAUUGUUGUUGAGAAGAGACAGUCUUUUGUUUCAAUUCCUUCACAAAAGAAACUUUACGAUCGAAAAUCUGGAUUCCUGUUUGAGUCCCGUGAGUUAUAUGCCGCCUUUGAGUCCCUAAAGAUCCCACGGUGCAUCAAGUGUGAGGAAGGGGGAGGGACCAAGAGGGAUGAAGGAGGAAUUGGGAGGGGACAUGAAAUAGGAAGGCCGAGAUUUACGAACAUGAAAUCGCUACAGGAUCAUUUACGUAAAGAUCAUAACUUGUCCAUGUGUGACAUAUGUGUAUCUAAUCUUAAGCUAUUCCCUCAUGAGUAUCGAUUGUAUACACGAGAACAACUGGCCCGACACCGCCGAGAGGGGGAUCCUGAUGACUCUGCCUACAAGGGACACCCCCUGUGCCAGUUUUGUGACGAGAGGUUCUUAGACACGGAGACGCUGUUCUUUCAUCUGAAGAACAAGCACUUCUGGUGUCACAUAUGUGAAGCUGAUGGCAGUCAGGAUUAUUAUGCUAGUUAUGCUGAGUUGAGGGUUCACUUCCGUCAGUCUCAUUACCUCUGCUCUGAGGGUCCUUGCAGAUAUGAGAAAUUCACAACAGUUUUUAGGACCAAGCUAGACUUUCAGGCACACAAAGCAAAGGAGCAUUGCAAAGGAUUGAGUAAAGCUGAAGCCAAGCAGUUGAGGCAAGUUGAUGUUGGGUUUGUAUAUAGUAAGGCUCCAGAGGAAGUUGAAGGGAUGCCUCCUGUGUCACAGAGACAGUAUCAUCACACGAGACAGAAGAGAACAUCCAGCAAAGAGAUUGAUGACAUAGAAACAGCUAAAGCAUUAUCUCUUACGGAACAGAAGAAAGACACUAAUUCAGCUAGGAGCAACAGCGAAGAGAACUCACCUGAUCAACAGAUCAAAGACACUCAUCCACUGUCCAAUAGUUGUCCUAUAGUACGGAAUACAUCCCUACCCUCUUUCAGUACAGUAAAGAUUAGUGUAGAGGAACCACCUAAUGAGUGGCCAUUACUUGAUACUGAUAUAAAGACACAGAGCAAACCAUCUCCACCUCCUCAUCUUCUUUCAUCUAUUCCAGUAGCACCACCACCUGGUCUCACUCUUACUGCAUCUAAACCACCUCCUGGCUUUAAUCCUAGCCCUCCCAUUGCUGGGCCUUCUAAUUUGAAAACUGAGUUUGACAUUUUUGAAAUGGCACAGAAAAUUCUAGGAAACAAUAAGAAGAAAGUAAAUCACUUUAGGAAAUGGAGUGGUCAGUAUUUGUUAGGGGAUUUAACAGCUAGUGAUUAUUAUGGACACUGUUCUGAUAUAUUUGGUUCAGCUUGGACUGAAUUUGGACUACAACUUGUAGAGACUUUACCAGAUCCUAUAAAAAGAGCUGAACUCCAUUCUUUGUUUGAUAGAGACAAGAAACCUACUACAGUUCCACCAGGAGCAGUUAAACCACCUCCUGGUUUAUCUGUGACACAGCAACCACCAUCUUUACGUAGUAAAAACAAAAAGGCUAAGCAUCUACAAGCUGAUUUAAGUGAUUCUAGGCCAUGGCAUUCAGCCACUCAGCGAUCUAAAGUGAGUUUGACUGAAGAUGAGUUUCCAAGCUUGCAGAACACUGGAUCAAAGGGACCUGAUGCAGUGACAGCAUUAUCUGGUUGGAAUGUUAAAGUUGCCGUGAAGUAAAAAUGAAACUGUACAUGUACAACUGUGAUGUUAGCUAUAAGUUUAUUUAUCAUCAAGUCACUAUUGUCUAUUUGUAAUUAUAAUAAUAA